GCCAAAUAUUCGUUUUGUUGAAGAACAGAGUCCAAAUUAUGAAUGUAAAUAAAGAAUUAAUUUUUUCCCAUAGCGCCAAAAAGAUACAGAUUCCAUAUAGUUUGGACAGAGAGAUAGAUACACGUUGUCCAUGGGAAUUUCGGACAGUUGUAUUAUUUGUCCAACAUAAGUUGCUGUUUUGUUUGAUAAUUUUGCCUUGUUUUAUUCCAAUUUGCAGGAUCUUAACAAUGUGAUUCUCUUGAAUGCGAUAAAAGGUAAAAAGAGUUCACUGAUAUGGCUUCUUUAAUCAGUUGAAAUACAUCAUAUCUUGAUACCUUCUGUUAUGGCAGCUCUAAAAGUUACAAAUUUCCCAUGAAUUUUGCAGCUUUUUCUCCCUUGAAGAUUAGACUAGGAGGUACCUUGCAAGAUAAGGUCAUUUACCAAACUGAAGAUCAUACCCAACCUUGCAAUCCCUUUUCUUUAAGCCCAUCUGAGUUGUUUGGUUUCUCCCAAGGCUGCUUACCAUUGUCCAGAUGGGACCAAUUGAACGCCUUCUUCCAGAAAUCAGGAGCUGAAGUAAUUUUUGGUCUGAAUGCUCUGAAUGGGAGAUCAAUAUCAACCUCAUCUGGAACAGCUACUGGAGCUUGGAAUUCCUCAAAUGCCGAAUCUCUUAUUCGCUACACCGUCAAAAAGGGUUACACCAUUUAUGGUUGGGAACUUGGAAAUGAAUUAUGUGGAAAUGGGGUUGGGGCAAGGGUUGCAGCAGAUCAAUAUGCUUCAGACACAGUUGCAUUACGAAACCUUGUUGAAGAAAUAUACCAGGGUGCUGCAAACAAGCCAAAAAUCAUAUCCCCGGGAGGAUUCUUUGAUGAGGGCUGGUUUACCACUUUUCUGCAGAAAUCAAACAUGGCAGUGGAUGCAGUUACUCAUCACAUAUACAAUCUAGGAGCAGGAGUUGAUCCACACGUUCUUGAGAGGAUUCUUGAUCCAUCUUACCUAGAUGGUGAGGCUGAUACAUUCAGUAGACUCAGAGGGGUAAUCAGAAAUUCAGCAACUUCUGCAUCAGCAUGGGUUGGUGAGGCUGGGGGGGCAUACAAUAGCGGCAGAAAUGGCGUCUCCAACGCCUUCGUGUAUAGCUUUUGGUAUCUGGAUCAGCUUGGCAUGUCAGCAAGCUAUGACACGAAAACCUACUGUCGUCAGACUUUGAUUGGUGGAAACUAUGGCUUACUAAAUACCACCACCUUUGUGCCACAUCCUGAUUACUACAGUGCUCUUCUGUGGCACCAAGUAAUGGGAAGAAACGUUCUGUCUACAAAAUUUACUGGCACGAAGAAGAUACGUGCUUAUGCUCAUUGCGCAAAGCAAUCUAAAGGUAUUACUUUGUUGUUUAUUAACCUUGAUGGGAGCAAUUCAAUAGAGGUCAAAGUGGCACAUAGCGACACCAUAAAGCAUCAGAGACAUCAUCAUCAUCAUCAUCACCUGAAGUCAAAGGUUUUUCUGAUGCAUAAACACAGGAGAGUGUCUUCAGUAAUAAGAGAAGAAUAUCAUCUGACUGCAAAGGAUGGAGACUUGCAUAGCCAGAUUAUGCUGCUAAAUGGGUAUGAACUUGCUGUGGAUAAAAAUGGGAACAUACCUCAACUCAAACCUCAAUCUGCAAAUGCAUCAGAGCCCAUAAUUGUAGCACCUUACUCUAUUGUGUUUGCUCACAUGCCAUAUCUUCUUCUCCCAGCGUGCAACUAGAAAUUUUAGGCGGGAGAAUAUAAAUAAUUCUUAACAGAAAACGGCUUCAAUUCAAUCGGAGCUGAAUUUGGCUCCACGAAUGAAUAAAUGUAAUUCAAUUCUUUUGUUCAUUUUUGUUGGAAUAGGCAAAAACACAGAAAGCCUUCACAAGAGGCUCCAGCUAGGUGAUUAUUAUUUACAGGACAAAACAAGAGUGUACAAAUUACGAGUGUGUUAUGUCAAUAUCAGAGGAAAAUAUGCUACGAACCUAUAAUCGUUUGUAAUACAGCGCAAGUGAGCGCUUCCCAAGAUGGUUAAUAGGACUUUACAACAGACUUAAUACUCUUCGAGAAAGAUUGUGGUUUACUGCUAACCAAUGCUAACCACAAAAUUGGACCAAGUGAGGUAGAAGAAGAUGGAUGGUGCAAACUAUGAAAUCUGCUGUCCACGUAAAAUCUUCAGUUUCAAGACAAUGGAAUCAGACUUUUUCUGAACUUGGUAUAAUAACCCACAUACCACACUGAACCUUGGAAUCAAGUUGAGAUUCAUAAUAGUUUAAAAAUACCUAAAAUAAUAAGAAGCCAGACAGCUUUACUUAUAACUUUUAAGAACUUCCAUCCAGGAGACAUCCUGCAAAAAAUAGAUGAAUCAUUCAAAAGGGUCACCAAUACAAUAAAAAAUGAUCACAACAUCAACUAUUCCAAAAAAAAACUUCCCAAACAAUUGGGCCCAAAUCACAAAUUUUUAGAGCCUGAUUAGGAUGUGCAUUUAUUUACUGGAAACUGAUUGAAAGCAGAAUUUGGAUUACAAAAGAAAGUCCAAGGAAGUCUGAGCCAAUUCUUUCAAGACAUUAAACUUAACAUUAGAUAUUACAGUACGAUUUUCCUAUUUGAACAUUGUGUUUCUCGCUUAGCCAAUAUCUAGUUAGAGGAGCAGUGUAUGUUAUGAGAAGACAAUUCCACAACCUCAAAACAAGAA